UUUUGGCGCCUCUCUCUCCCUCUAAAAGCCAUGCCUACAGUGAAGAAGAACAAGAAGCCAAGGACGAUCCUUUUCCUGAAACCCUAGAUAUUGCUUCCACCAGCACCCUCAGUUGAUCCUCAUCCUCUCUUUCUCAGCAGGUGAAGAUUUUGCUGGAUUGGUGUGGUUUUGAUGGAGAAUAAUUCAAGGGGAGAUAUAAUGGAUCUUGAUUUAAACCUAGAGCCUUUAGACCCUCCUCAUGAUUCCAUGUUGGGAUUAGGAUCUUUAUUGACUGAAAUUGAAACUGCACAUGGACGGAUUGAAGAACGUAUCCGACAACUUGAAGCCGUUAAUUCCAGGGCUAGGCAGCGUCAGAGAUGGCGCCAAGGUCGAAUACCCCCUCAAACAACAACAAUAUCCACAGAACCCAUGCAGGUUAACUCAAUUGAGGGUAGAGUGCAAAAUGGUGAGUGUAGUGUCGCUGGGCAAGAAAGAACUGUUGAGAAUAGGGAGGGCUGUAAAAGGAAUGGAGCCUAUUUGGUAGCUAAGGCGUUGGGAAUGGGUACAAAUGCUAAUGGUGGGAGCUUUUUUGAUUGUAAUAUAUGCUUGGACAUGGCCAGAGAUCCUAUACUGACUUGUUGUGGUCACUUGUUUUGUUGGCCAUGCUUCUAUCAGUUGCCCAAUGUUCAUUCAAAUGUGAAGGAAUGCCCUGAAUGUAAUGGAGAGGUGAUAGAAACACACGUUACUCCAAUUUAUGGCCAUGGGAGCAAUAACCAUAAAGUGGCUACAGGGGAUUUAGGAGUGAAGGCCCCCCCUAGGCCUCAUGCACAUAGGAUUGAAAGUAUGAGGCAGCAACGUGUUGCCCGAGGCAUACCUUCAUUUCCAUCUGAGGAAACACUGCGGAUUAUUAGCAGCCGGAUUUCACGGCAACAGGCACGCACUACAACUGAGAGAAGCAAUGUCUUGCCCAGCCAAAAUUCUACUUCACAGGUACCACCCGGCUCAGAGGCUGAGCCCAGCCAGGGCCUCCGUUCUGUUCAGUUUUCAAGAUUAUUAUCACAAGGAACGGCUUCCUUUUCUUCCCUUUCAUCUGCAUUGAAUACUGCACUGAAUUCUGCGGAAAGAUUGGUUGAGGACCUUGAGGAGUAUAUUCAUAGCCACCUUACAAGAAGCCAUGCUUCAUCUGCUGUUAAUGAGAGAGAGACUCUUACAACCAUUGCAGCUGUUCUACAACUGGAAAGCCAAGCUCUCAGCACUGGUGUUAACACCACCGUGCCCCCUUCUUCUUCAUCCUCCAGAACUGAUGUGUCUGCCAUUGCUAUGCGCUCUGAAGACCAGGUAACAGAUUCUACCGAAAUCAAUAUAUCAGUGCCCCAUUCUUCAUCUUCUAGGAGAAGAAAUGAUGCUCCAGGAGCCUCAGAUAUGGAGACUGGAGAUACCCGUGAGCCUCGAAGGAGAAGGUUGAGAUGAUAAGUCUUUUCCAGAGGAAAAAGUUUGGCUCGAGAUAAGCUCCCUCUAAGUAGAAACUGCAAUCUAGUUGUUUUCCAAAUAAGAAACUAUAAUGAAGUCGAUGAAUUCAUCAGGAUGUUGAACCAUUUUCUGUAUUCCUUUGUCCAAUGAUCAGUCUUCUGCAGGGAGAACCUGUUCAUGCUUGCAUGGUGUCCUCCUUUCAGAAGGGUAGGACUGGUGUUGCAAGCUACUGCAACACAGCCCCCCAUAUA